AAACCCUAAAAGAGCUGGAUCAGUGGUGUCAGACCCUCAACACUCCCAAAAGCUCCUAAGGGUCAUUCAGUCUUUAAAACAAGAUGAUUGUUUUAAAGAUGCAGUGCUGGUUUUGGAAAAUGAACAGAUUCCUGUUCAGAAAAACAUUCUGACUGCUGCCAGUUCAUACAUAAGAGGGGUACCUGUUUGCAAUAGGAGGAAUGAAUGAGAAUAAAACAGUCUUUAGCAGUGGAGAGAAAUAUGACCCAGAGACCAACACCUGGACUCAAAUCCCUCCGAUGAUGCAGGCCAGACAGCACUUCGCCAUUGCAGAGUUGGAUGGGAUGGUCUAUGUUUUAGGAGGAGAGAACGGGGACACUGAGGUCCUCCUCACAAUGGAGGUGUUUGACCCCCAUUGCAGUGUUUGGAGAACACGACCCAAAAUGACCACUGUGCGCAAAGUAAGUUCGGUUGCUGUGCCACCAGAAAAAGAGACUGUAUGUUAUUGGGUGGAGGAUCUUAUGGAAAAAUGUAUGACUCUUUGGAGAGCUAUGACCCCAAAACCCAACAGUGGACAACAGUCUGCCCUCUUAAGGAAAGGAGGUUUGGCACAGUAGCAUGUGGGAUUGGACAAGAGCUCUAUGUAUUUGGUGGUGUGAGGAACAGAGACGCUGACAACCCAGAGUCCAGUCAGGUGACCAUCUGCAAGUCUGAGUUCUUUCACGAUGAGCUAAAAAGAUGGGUGCUUUUAGAUGACCAGAACCUCUACAUACAGUCCACAUCGUCUUUUGUUUAUGGAGCUGUUCCCAUUGGUGCCAGUAUAUAUGUUGUUGGAGAGCUUGACACUGAUUUGCUAAAAUGAGCCACAUGGCCAUUUUGGAAUAAUGUGCGGGAGUUCCGCAGAAGCACGGGUACCUGGCACCCCAUCAGACCCCUCAUGGCCCCUGAUCUGAGCAGGACGAGCUGUGCCACCCUACGCAUCGCUAACUGUAAACUCUUCCGCCUGCGGCUCCAUCAGGGACAGUUCCAGAUCCGGGUUCAAUCCACAUAAACAACUCACAUCCUCACCUCUGGCUUUAUAUCCCUCCUCCGUCGUCUGCUGGUUUGGAGGAGGAUGCAGAGGAUUGUGAGAUCACACUGGCAACAGCAGAGUUUGGUAUAAUGUGGGAAAGCUUGAAUGAAUUGUCCUGUUUUUUUAUGUUGUCUUUUCUUAGAGGAUGAAUUUUACAUAAUCUUUGGUUCCUUUUUACAUGAUUCCCAGUCACAGGAAAUGCUGUUACAUUAGAUGCAACCUGCUGACUGUUUUCAUGCUUUAUAUGAAUAGUUUACAAUAGAAUGUACCUAGAGUAGCUGUUGUUGCAGUUUAUUUAAUGCUAACACUUUUGAACAUCGGUGAAGGAAGUCAAAAUUGCUUAUUUUAUACUGUAGUUAAGUCUUAAAUGUGGGUUCAGUAAGUAAGGGAACAAAUCAAGAACUAUGAUUUAGUAGUAUGUUCAUAUCAAGCACAGUUCUGUUGCUAAUGCAAGUGUCUGUCUAGCUACUGUACAGUCAAAGUUGAA